AGAGCCUAGUUCUGUCGGCGGACAGCGCGGGCCUCUCCGCAGACACAAGUCAGAACGCGUCUACACUGCCGAGCCGCCCCCCGCCUUUCCCGGCGGGCCCAGAGGCCGGCUCAGCUGACUCGGCCUUUUGCGGGGCUGAAGACACCCAUGUAAAUGUUGGGGCUCAGGCGGGAGCUCGGGCUCUGAGACCCUCCCCGUUGGCGGGAGCACAAAUCUACUCGGCAAUUUGACAGCCCCGCAGUCGGCACGGGCCUGCGUCUGGUUGCUGUGUAGCCCCACCCUGCGAUUCGGCGCGGCAGGGCUCAUUUUGCUGUGUAGACGGCAGUAAGGCUGCAGCGAGCUGAGGGUGACUUGCACGAGCUAUGCCUGCGGUGCAAGGCUUGCUUGAGCAUUUGCGAGGCCCCACCCAGUGUCAACAAGAAAUCACUAUGUCCGUGCCUGAGGGCAGUGACACGCAACACCCCCUUAACCUCUCGGAGCGCUUUGCCAAGCUGUCCUGGUCCCCCACUUUGGCUGGGCCAUGGGUGCAGAUAGCCAUCAUCAAGAAAGGGAAAUCAAACCUGGUCGACAGCUCCUUUGCUGGGCACAUCUCUGUGUCCAACAGAUGGUUCAUCGUGACAAACGCCAGCAAAGCCAUUGCAGGGAAUUUGAAGAUUGUGAAUGAGAUGAAUGAAAGCAAAUGUCUGGCUUCUAUCCAUCUGAAUGUAACAGAGCCUGCGCCAACCUCAGCUCCGGUCUCCCAGGUGGCCCUGGUCAGCAACUGGAUGGCAGCAGGGGAGCCCGGAUCUCAGUCCACCCAUAUUGUAGCGGUGGUGGUGGGGACAGUGGUGGCCUUUCUGGUGUUGGUGUUGGCACUGGGGCUAUGGCAGAGAAAUAAGAAAGCUCACUGCAGAGACUGGUUCCGCAGCUGUCUUGGCUUCCGUGCCAGAGCCGCCCCGUCCCAGCAGGCCGGCGACGCAAGCCCCGUGCAGGAAAUGCAGGAGCUGGCAGAGAUGACGCAGCCGGAGGAUGCCAGCGGUGGGGACCGGUCAGCCGUGAUGAGUGGGAAACUUCUCGGCAGCGCUGAAAUGCGAAACACUGCGGGACUGGAGAGUGGGGAGGGAUGAACCUCGUCCCUCAACAUCCACUCAAUUUGCAGCGGCAGUC